AUGCAGAAAGAAGGCAAAACCAUGCAGCAUCACAUCUGCAAUCUGUCCUUCCCUUCAGCAGCGGACUGCAUUGACCACAUGCUCGCGAAGGUGCACAUCAAUGGCUUCAAUGGCAAUGCGGCAGACCUGUUGAAGCCAGUGACCUUCAGCAAUGGUCAGCAUGGGUCGAGCUGCAUUUUUCAUUGGUCCUUUGCACCGAGUAGCCUGUGGAGUGGAGAGGCAGAAGCAUGGAAGUUGGCUUCACUGUGCAAGAGCAUCUUUCACAAAGGCUACGACAAGACUGAGUUCAUGCUAGCCCGUGAUUUGGAACGAUGUGAAGCCGGUUUGCGGUUCGCAGAUGGACAGAAGCGAGGAUUAGCCUGUCGGUUGGCGACCCUGGGACUCAAGCUGUGA